AUGCAGUAUUAUGGUUCAAGAUACAGGAGAAAAUUGAUUUUUUAUAACAAGCGUAAGGUGCUGUGGAAACAGCUUUCGAAGGUACCGAACAUGCUGUUGGGAAAGAGGGGCUUGCGGAAAGCAGUCUUAAGGUUCAGAGAAAUAAAGCGGGAACUUAAGUUCCUUUUCAAGUCUAUAUGUAGGGGUAACAUCCGCAAGUUGUUAAACAGAGUUACAACCAAAAUUAUAAAAUUGUGGGCGAAAUGUGUAAAUAAUAGCAAUGAAAUCACAAAGCUGUGUAAUGAGUACUACAAGAUUAGUGGUGUAAAAAUUCCCAUUUGUGAUUUCUUUUUUAAAAAUAAAAUGAUCAGCACAAAAAUGGAGAAGUACAGCAUCGCAACACCACGUUAUAAAAAAAACAAAAAUAACGGAGUGACAAAUAAAACAAGUAAAAUGACACAUGAAAGCAUGUACUCGUCAAAUCCAAAUGAUCAUUAUAUAAUUGAUCUAUAUGAUGAAACACACAUACAAACACCAUUCAAUGGCUCUUUUCUUUCGAAGAAUAAUGAUUCUACGUGCGAAUCGAAUUAUAACAUGACGGAGUCAAGUGAUUGUGGAAGAACGAAUGAAAAUGAAGACUUAAACAGCAAUUCAUACUUAGAUAAUGACAUGCCAUCUUUACAAACCCUAGAAUAUGACGAAGACGAAGUGAAUGAGAGCAUAAAAAAUUGCUAUCUUUAUAAUGGGUAUGUAAAUGCAACUACGUAUAAAAAUUCCGAGGAAUAUAAAUUUCUGAAUCAUCACUUAAAUGAAGAAAGAAAUAAAUGUGCAGAUAUAGCAAUUGAUGUAUCUCGACAAAGUUACUACGAUGAGCAUUUUGAAAGAGAAAAGGGCAAACGAGAGGCAUGUAACGAAAGCGAACAGGAAAAAGAUUCAGACCAAGAGAAUGCAGAGAUAAAACAGACACAGACAAAGAAACGAAAAAGAAAAAAUAAAAUAUACGAAAUUUAUAACUCAGAAACAACAAUGACUCAAAAUGUGUAUUGCGAAAAUUACUUAAACGAGAACUACUCCUCUUCGUAUGAUUGCUCCAGCGAACACAGUGAUGAUGACAUCAGCGCGAAUGAUUUUACGGACAGCGAUUCUGAUGAUAAUUACUUCGACGACAUCUUCGAAAAUGACUCUGUGUGUAACUACAGCGUACACAGUUAUGAAGCUAUCCAAAAUGCUCAGGACGAAUCAAGUUAA